CCAGCCUGUCCCACUCUUGGUAAAAGGAAACCCUAAACUGCUCUGGCUCCACCAGCUUGGCCCUUUUUCUCUUACUCUUUCUUCCCUCUCUUUUCUCUCACUCCCGCGUGAGUGCACUCAGGACGAGAAUGGCAGCAUCAUCUGGACAGAGAACAAACGGGCCCUCCAAAACGCUGGCUGUGGCUUUGCUUCUCGUCGGCCAACUUUUGAGCGCAGGAGUGACCGCACAGGACAACGUACGAGGAGACGGGGUCGUGAAGAAUACUGAAGCUCCUGCAACCACAAGGUCAUCUGGCCAAGUGCCAGUUUUGCCCACGCUGGGGCCAAGUGUGUUUUUUCCACAGUCAACGGAACCAAAAGACGACGGCCCUCCCAGCGCAUCAACAAGCAGCCCUGAGCUUUCACAGGAGACAACCGACGUGGCUCAGACAACCCUGCCUGCUGUACACCCAGACACCCCAGCACCUAAUGCUGCCAGAGGCGACACCCCAUCAGGGCCUGUAGAUGUCGUGUGCGUGAGUAAAGAGGCCGUGGAGGAAAAAAAUGCUGUUCUUGUGAAACUGAAGACAUCCACCAACUGUAAAGACACACAGAGGAGCAUUACAAGUGUUCUUCCAGAACUGUGUGGUGAAGACUGUAAGCUGGAGCUCUAUCAAGAAGACAACACAGAUGGCGUCCUUGUUUCUGGGAAGUAUGUAGAAGAUGAUUUGACAGGCAUGGUAAACAAAUUCAACAAUGACAACAUAAAGGAUAAAACGAAUGUCCAGGAAGCCAUUCCUCGCUGGAGGAAGAACUCAAAGUUGGUACUGGUUGCCUUGCUGCUUACCGGCCUGUUGCUAGCUGCGCUGCUGGUUGGAUUUUAUUACUUUAAGACACACCGCAAGAACUCCAAAGGCGUCAGACUGGCUGAGUCUUUCCAGGUGGACGAGGAGAACCAGGCCAACACCCUGGUUUCUGUGGCCCCGCUGCCUCAGGAGCCCGUUGACAAACCCACCGCCAACGGAGAGUCUCCGCCUGAGAAUGGGACGAACCCCACCGCGACUACCAACGGACACUCCGCCGCCCAGACCCAAGUGGCUGACACAGAGAUGUGAAUCCCCCCCGACGUUGUUCGACGUCUUAGCGUGCCGUUCACCCGCUAACCUCUCUGUUCACCAGAGGCAAAUUCAACUUGAAUCGAUCACCAGCAUUCACAUCUCCACCUGCUCUUGUACCCAACCAGCAAGACUCCACAUGAAGAUGCAAACGAUUAUACAAACGAUGACUUAGUGCCUGUAAUGUGAAACGUGUGGGAACACUCACCUCUGCAGAUGUCACCAAGAGCCUGACCAUGCUGACAGAGGGACUCGGGGUUCAUAGCCAUUCUGACUUCAGUCUUAUUGUGACAAUAUUUGUAGAAUCAUGAAGUCAUGCCAAAUAUAUGUCGAUGUCGGACAAAGAAGCAUAAAAAAAAAAAAAAUCCCUUUGUACUUCAAUCCAAAAUUGUGCUGAAAUGAAACUUGUGAUGCCUUGCAGCUGAAAGAAAACAGUCUUUGUGUUAAAAAAAAAAAAAAGAAAAGGACAGACACGUUUUACUGCUUGUUUCAAAUCCUCCGUUGCCGCCUUCGAGAGUAUUAAAAAGUCAACACAAACAGCGUUUUUUUUUUUUUUUUUUCUUUGAACGCAUAGAUCAUCUUAGUAUUAUUGUGCAAAGAGCUGGAUGGAAAACAGCAUGGUCUUUGGUUUUACUGUGGGAUGAAUUUUGUUCUAAAGGUAUAUUUUCUUUUUUUUUGUAAAUGUGAGUGGAAAGUCGCGCGUAGUUCCUAACCUCUGCAGCUGACCUUUGGUCAAAACUCAUUUUAAGACAGGAUCCAAAGUGCAUUUCUAUUUCGUGCCAGUGUGGUUUUCAUUAUUGUAUAUUUUUUUUUGUUUUUUGUACGGCGAAUUUACAUUUUUCAACUUUUACUACUGUUUGGGAGAAUUAUACGGAACAUUAGCUUGUUUACAUAACAGACAGGGAGCUAAAAAUGCCUGCUGUGACGUUCUUUCACAGCUUACAGCGGAUUUAGAUUUCCGAGGAGCGUCUUUGUCUGCUACUUUUUGUAAAACAUAUUUUCUACUUCAGUGUUAAGCCUUUUUUUUUAUUUCUCUUUCAUGAUGGGCUCUAUGUAUAAAUAUGCUUGCCUUCGUAUUCAUAAAAUGUUUUUGUUAUCAAAACCCAGGUUGUUAUCUUAUUAGUGCUGUGUUGACUCGAAUGAUCAAUAAAAGUAAUUGUACUACCACAA